AUCCGGAUCCGCCGACUGGUCGCCGCUGGGAAACGAGGCGAGGAAUGGAAUUCGCCUCAUAAAUAGAUAUGCGCGCCUCCUCCCGCAGCUGGAUCCUCUUCACACACACGCGCGCGCGCGCGCGUCAACAAGUAUAUAGUUUCCAUUUCCCGUAGCCGCGGAUGGAAGGUCGCGAGUGUUUAAUCUUUUUGGAGAACAGCUGGCCCCCCCGCAUUUUAUUUCCACGGAAUGCGUAUACAUUCAACUUCAAAGAGGAUCGAUCGAUCCUCGAGGCGAGGUGGCGGUCUCGAAAUCGAUUUAUCGCUUCCAACAACAACACGGCUAGCAUGCUGAGGAGAGCCUUCUCCAUGUUCGAUUCGACCAAGUCGGGGCGGAUCGAGAAGGAAAAAGUGAGGACGAUCCUCAACACCCUGGGACACACUUUCGACGAUCACGAGCUCGAGGUGUUGCUCAAACAGGAGGACGAGGAAGGAAGCGGCAAAUUAAAUUUCGACUCGUUCUAUCGGGUUGCCUGCCACUUCCAAGAGGAGGACGACGAGGCCCUGCAGAAGGAGUUGAAAGAGGCUUUCAGGCUUUACGACAAGGAGGGGAACGGGUACAUUCCAACCAGCUCUCUCAGGGAGAUCCUCGCUGCUCUCGACGACCAGAUAACGCCCGAUCAAAUGGACGGAAUGAUCGCUGAAAUUGAUACAGACGGAUCCGGAACCGUCGACUUUGACGAAUUCAUGGAGAUGAUGACCGGCGAUUAGAAAUUUCGACUAUAGGGUAUUCCAAGUGUCGGGAUGGCUGCACACUCUCUUCCUCCUAUUAUUCUUAUCGAUCGGAUGGACAGCGGAAGGCGGCUCUCUUUUCAAAUUCCAUUCGGGAGAAAAACCGAGCGCGCAAUCAUUCAUUCGGAUUGGGAAGCAAGGAUAAGAAGGAUCGGACCCGAUUGUUUCUCUCACGCGUUCGAUUGUAACGAAAUCAUUGCAUUGGAUCAUUAAACUCUGCUAAAGAAGGGGAAAA